UUACAGCCUCUUACUACAGCUGACAGCAAGUUUAGACUAAAAAUAGGAUGGUGAUCACACACGUGGCUCGUGUGAUUAUUUCCAAAGUUGUUACAGCCACAGCUGAUCCGCCUCUUGUCUCAUACACACCGUAUAAAGACGCGGGGCUCCUCCAAGAACUUGCUUCAGUUACCUUCUUCCUCUGGCUACCUCCGAUAUCGCGAUACCUCAUUCUACUUCACACGUUAUUCCGAACUGAUUGACAAUGCCUUGGGAACGGCGACCUCAACGUUCUACUUUCCAAAAUACGGGGCAGACUUCUUACUCACGGAUGUCCAGGACACCUGGAUUCGAUAAUCCCGAGCAUUUUACGCAAGGCAAACACUCGGACUGGUACUGUAAUAUAUGUACCCCUCACCCGCGGCCCAAGUACAUGAAUGUAAAGGCUGCCUUGGCUCAUGAAAAGAAUGCGCACCACCAUCAAAACGUAGUCAAUGUUGAGUCGUGGUGGGGUCCACCGAUCGUGGAUUCUUGGGAUUUUGAGCUGCCCAAGCAGGAGGAAAUGACAAAGGAUGAGGCUCGAGAUUCGGAACACCGCUACUUCGUUGACCAUGUCGGGGAGUACAUCCCUUACUGGAUCAGAGGGGUCGAAGCCGCGGAGAGAGGCGAGGUUCUGAAGCUCGAAGAUUAUCUAGACUCGCUGGAUCAUGAUGGACCGAAGGAUCCAUGGGGGACCUGGGGCGCGUCUCGCGGGGGUGACCAUUCCAGUGAAUGGAUGCACGGCGCUCCUUCUGAUGACCUGGGAUCAAUGCCUACUAGCCAAGGGAAAGCUGGUAAGAGUCCGAAGAAUACGGAUAGGAAUAAAAGGCAGGAGCUGGGUAACCGAUUCACGGAUGGUUCUUACGCCUUCGUGGAGGACAUCGCACGGCAAGAGGAGGCGAAUGCCGAGAGGAGAGAGCAAAUGCACGACUUCUUCGAAAUGCCUACGGACAAGAAGGUACAACGCAUUGACGAACUGAUACGGAGCUUGCAUGCAAACUUGCACACAUGAAUUUGCUGGAUUUAUUUACGUGUAAUCAAAGGACCGUCAGGAUAUAUUCCCUUUGCCAUCAUACCGCAUAUGAGAAUUGCUCUCACAGGAUCUACAGAUUGACAGGGUGUACCGUAAUGAUACAGGAAUGUUACCUGCUAAAUUCCAACGCCCCUAACUUCUGCACAGCAUUGAUGAUGUCAACGCUCCUAGUAUCCACUGGCGCUUUCCGAGGGCGGUGAAUCCAGAAAGUUUAUAAAUCCUGGUUUUUGCUGGCGACUGCGCAUUCGCACCUUUCACUUUUACUACAAUGUCCCGCGAAUCUAAUGAUCAGGCCCUUCCUUCUGGCUGGAUCA